GCCAUUACUCAUCGUAGAGCCAGAAAGCAUCAAUCUCAUUAAUCAUUGCUGGCUGACAAAGAUAGUUUCGUCGUCGAGAAGAAGCAGGAAUAAAAAAAAUGGCGACGGAGGCAGCUCCGAUGGACGAAAAGGCGAAGAGAAUGAGAGAUCUAUUGUCGAGCUUCUACGCUCCGGAUCCUUCAAUCUCGACGAGUAAUUCCUCGAUCAACGCUUCUUUCGAUAACAUCAACAGCACUUCAUUCGAUGCUGAUCAGUACAUGGAUCUCAUGAUUAAAAAGUCGAAUUUGGAGGUGCUUCUGCAAAGACAUGUUCAAAUGGCUGCUGAGAUUAAAAAUCUCGAUACAGACUUGCAAAUGCUAGUCUAUGAAAAUUACAACAAGUUUAUCAGUGCAACAGAUACAAUCAAAAGGAUGAAGAGUAAUAUUUUUGGGAUGGAAGGCAAUAUGGACCAGCUUCUUCAGAAGAUAAUGUCAGUACAAUCAAGGAGUGACGGGGUCAACACUUCUCUUUUCGAAAAGAGAGAACAUAUAGAGAAACUGCACCGGACUCGUAAUCUUCUUCGUAAAGUUCAGUUCAUCUAUGAUUUACCUGCAAGACUGCAAAAGUGCAUCAAGUCAGAAGCCUAUGGAGAUGCUGUCAGGUUCUAUACUGGAGCAAUGCCAAUUCUCAAGGUAUAUGGCGAUACAUCAUUCCAAGAUUGCAGACGAGCUUCCGAAGAAACUAUAGAAAUCAUCAUAAAGAACUUGCAGACGAAGCUAUUUUCAGAUUCAGAAUCCAUACAGGCGAGAGCUGAAGCUGCAGUGCUUCUUAAGCAGUUAGAUGUCCCUGUUGAUAGCUUAAAGGCUAAACUGUUGGAAAAACUGGAACAAUCUCUUGAUGGUCUGCAAAUAAAGCCUGAGGAGGCAAGUAAACUUGUAGAGCACGAUGAUUCAUCUAAUGAUACAGAAAGCAAUGACCAACAUCCUGCUAAAAUCCAUGAGGAUGCUGUACGUGGAUUUUCUGAGGCCAUGCGUGCUUACCGAGAGAUAUUCCCUGACUCAGAAGAAAGACUUUUCAAACUCGCGAGAGCCUUAACAGCAAUGCACUUUGAGAACAUGGAGCUAUAUAUAAGAAAACGGGUUUCUGCAGCAGAUUUUCUUGGAAUUUUUCGAAUUAUAUGGGAAGAUGUGGUACUUAUGGACGAGGUGCUACCUGAGGCUGCACUCUCUGAUUUAUCUGCAGAGGCUGCCCAGGUUACUCUUAAGCAAUUUGUUGCGAGGACGUUUUCUCAUCUUCAACAGGAUAUAUCAGAUACUCUCUUGAAAUUCGAUAUCAACCAAAAGGAAGCAGUUGAGGGGGAAGUCUUGAAGGUUAUCCUGGAAGCUAGCCAAAAAGCAGUGCUACAAGGCACCACAAAUAUAUUCCAGGACUUCCGUCAGCUUCUUGAUGAAAACGCUGGAAUAUUUAUAAAGAUGAGGGAUUUAAUCAGUGGUUGGAUUCAGAAAGGAUUUCAAGACUUCUUCAGGUCACUAGAAGCUCAAUUUCUAGUGCUUUCUGGAAAAACUAGCUCAUCAAACGAUAUAGAGGGAAAAUCGAGUGACAAAAUUCAUGCCGGUCUCAUCCUUGUAUUGGCGCAGCUCUCUGUAUUCAUCGAACAAAAGGUCAUUCCGAGAGUUACUGAGGAAAUAGCUGCUUCCUUCUCUGGUGGAAAUUCCCAAGCCUUUGAUAAUGGACCUGCUUUUAUUCCUGGAGAACUUUGCCGGGUCUUCCACGCAGCCAGCGAGAAACUUCUCCAGCAUUACAUAGACACAAGAACACAGAAGGUAUCGGUUUUGCUGAGAAAAAGGUUCAAGACACCAAACUGGGUGAAGCACAAGGAGCCACGAGAGGUUCACAUGUAUGUCGAUAUGUUUCUUCACGAGUUAGAAGAAGUUGGUAAAGAAGUGAAACAAGUUUUACCUCAAGGGACAUUUCGUAAGCACAAAAGAACAGACAGCAACGGAAGUAACACUACAACCUCAUCACGAAGCAAUACACUCCAUAGCGAUAAGAUGACACGGUCAAAUUCACAAAGGGCUCGUAGUCAGCUUUUCGAGACACAUCUUGCAAAACUGUUCAAGCAAAAAGUAGAAAUAUUCACCAAGGUUGAAUUUACCCAGGAAUCCGUUGUUACAACAACUGUAAAACUCUGUCUGAAGAGUUUGCAAGAAUAUGUCCGGCUCCAAACUUUUAACCGGAGCGGGUUCCAGCAGAUUCAGCUAGACAUUCAGUUCUUAAAAGCUCCUUUGAAGGAAACAGUUGAGGACGAAGCUGCAAUUGACUUCUUGCUCGACGAGGUAAUCGUUGCGGCUUCGGAGAGAUGUCUUGACGUGAUUCCAUUGGAGCCACCGAUCUUGGACAAACUCAUACAAGCUAAACUCGCUAAAUCAAAGGAGCACAACAACAACACAGUUUCUUCUUAAAAGUUGUCAUAACUCAGAACAAAAGUAUGUGUCAUGAUUUUUGCCAAUUUCUUUCCGCUUCUUGUUAUCAUCCGUAAUUCCGUAGUUGUAAAUCAAAACCAUUGAAUUGUUUGUGUAUUUUCAGAAACUCUCUAUCAUUAGACCAUUAAAUCUAUAUAGUAUUUUCGUUUUUACU